UCUUCACACCUCAGGCGUGUUAUAUGUUAAGAAGAAAUUCCAUCAUACUUGACUUUGCUCUUGUAUUGAUCUCUGAAGUAUUUGUAGGUUGAGCCAUGUCGUCAGAAAAGGCUCUAAAUCAGAUCAGGUUAAACAAACAUAGAUUUAAAAUAAAACCAUUUAAAAACACAUGAAAAGUUAUUGCUAUCAAUCUCUUCAUUCUAAGUUCACAGUGUGUUUCCUGGUUCAUUAGGCACAAGCUCAGCAGUGUGUUCUGGAUUAUAAAUCUUUUUUUUUGUCCCCGCCGUGUAAAUAAUUAUCGUCCAACCUGGUCUGUGACAGCGUUCACCUCCAAACGUUACUGCGUAUGUCAAACUUUAACCACGUGUCACAUUGCUCUCGACAGCACAUGACGUACACUACAGUCAGAACAGUUUUCCAAAACACUUUCUGAUUCUUUGAAGUGUUAUCUUAAUGGUCAUUAAUGAAACACUUCUUAUCCAGUUACUGUUGGAGCUGCAGAUGUUCUCAGUGAUCCAUGACUGCUCCUACUUCCUUGCUGGAAAGAUUUUGAGCUUUUAUGACUUAAUUAUAUCACGUGGUUGUUGUUUUCGAUCCUUCAGUCUGUGAUGACUGACUUCUGCAGCGCCAUUUUUACAACCUUGAUUUUAUUGUCGGGGAGGGCACGCCGUUUCACUUGUUUUUACAAAGGCGUCAAAAACAAGAUCCAUAAAAAGCAAUCACCACUCUGUGAAAUGCCAUUGGACAACCAGCAAGAAUUUAUGACCUGUGGAGUAUUUUUCCUCUGCUAGUUUCAGUAUACGUUUAGUAUAUACGAAUGGCUGGACCACCUGUCACCAAGCUAACGCCAAACAGGCUGCAGCUUGUCUACAGACAUUACUGCCAACUCCUUAUCUCAGUGUUUCCAUUGAGAAGAUCUGUCCCUGACCUGAACAAACAAGAUCUCAUUAUGUCAUACCACAUGGUUGUGGGUAGAUGCUGGUAGACGAUAAGCCCAGUUCAAAGAGUUGGUUUAAAUGAAUGGAGCCAUAAAUGACAACAACACCUGAGCUCACAGAGCCGGAGCACGUCAGGAAAUACCUGCUCCUCCUGAUCUCCUAAUGAUUAUUGUCUAAUUGUUGAAUAAUUAUUGUCUUUUUGGUCCCAUUCUCCUUUCAGAGCCACGCAGCCAUUGUCAUUGUAUUGCAGUGGACACAAAGAACGCCGCGAGGGAAAAGGAGCGGCUCCAGACGGAGUGCUUGCACCUUUGUUGUCACUGUUUACAUGCUGGAUUCGCCGAGGAUCGUUUUUAAAUACUAACAGCAAUUAAUCAUGCAAGGGUUUUCUUACACACACUAUUGUGGACUGUGCCUUUGUUGACCGUCCGUGGACCAUAGCACGUUGUGAAUGUAGCCUAUUUAAAUGUCAUGUCAGAUGCUGAAGGAUGAGAAGAGCUCCUGUAGUCAAUAGUGUGAUUACCUGCAGUAAUGGCUUCGCUAACAGUUUUCAACCACAGUCUAAAGAACUGUGUCCUUUGGUUUGUGUUGACUGGGAGUGUUCUUCCUGCGUCCAGCUGCACCAGUCGGAGAUGUCUGGCUGAGAUGCUGAUAAACAGAAAUUAUACAUCACAGCCGCAGUAUGAAAACUGCACCCACAUCAUUAAGGUGCCUCUGGUGGAGUACCAGACUCUGUCAGUUGACACAAGAAAUCUCCUCUUGAAUAGUCGACUGCAGGCGACACUUAUGUGGACAGACCCUGGUUUGACAUGGAACACAUCCGUGUACCAUUACGAUCAAGUCGUCCUGCCCGUAGAAAAAGUCUGGACCCCAGAGAUCCACGUGACCAACGGAAUACGGACCAGAAUGCAUCAGUACUCCAAUGAUCUGCUGCUGUUCAGUAAUGGAACGCUGGUCCACACAGUGAUCAUUAUGGCUGAGGUGAACUGUGAAGUCAAUCUGUUCAACUAUCCCUUUGCCGAGGAUGCGUGUCCUGUUGCCAUUCAAACCUGGGCUGUUGCAGGCUGUGGAACGUCCCUGAGACUGGGUAAUCUCAAGAUGAUUGACAGCUCCCACGGAGACUGGGAGACCCUGGGGGUGUCCUUCGAGAAACAGAGUGAAGAUCAGAAUUACAUCUGGGUGUUGCUGAGAAUAAAACAUUUCAACCCCUUCAUCACAUUGAUGUUUCCCACCAUUCUGAUCGUCCUGGCUGACGUGGUCAGCUUCUCCCUGCCUCUGGGAGGAGGUGAACGCAACACCUUCAAGGUCACGCUGGUCCUCAGCCACACCAUGCUCCUCACCAUCCUGAACGAGAAACUCCCUGGAGACAGCCAGUGUAGCCCCAUCAUCAGACUGCAUUUCUGUAUUUGUUUGGUGCUGCUGUUUCUGAGCAUGCUGGUGUCGUUGGUGCUGACACGAGUGGCCAAAGAGGGCAGUAUCAUCUUCUGCUGCUGCCCCAAAAAGAAUGCGACAAAGUCCACAGGGAACAAGAAAGAGGACACAGAAGCCAAAGGUGACAUCAGUGUUAUCAAGUUAAAUGGUCCAGAGGAAGAAAAUCAAAUGCUUCAAAGAGUGGUGAAAAUCCUCCAAAGCUUUGAAAACAAGGAAUUAGAAAAUGAAAAAUAUCAGAAUCGGGCCAAUGCAAUUGACAAGGCCUUUUUCUGGUUGUAUUUCGUCUGUAGCACUUUGUACUUCUGUUCCAUGUUAACGGUGAUGAGAACUUAUGAAUGCACAGUCAACCACUUUAAUUUCUGGGACUAAUGUCAAUGCUACUUUCCUGUACUGUACCUGCAGAUGCUCUUCUAUUCUGUUGUGUGUUAAAAUUAUAGAAAUAAUAAAAGCUAAAUGUAAUUGUGGAA